CGCGGUUCCCGCAUCAUCGGUACACUCUUUAUCGCGGUUUACUGUACAUUCAAUGAAUCUCGUGUGGAACCAAAGUGCGCGCCUUCGUCAAAAGUCCCGGAACGUCCAUCCAGCGCAGACAUGAGACCCGACAGUAAACUCAAACUAAAAUCAGAAUGCUUCGCCAUCAACAGGUUACAGCUGUUGGAAUACGAAUAUCACACUGCCCUCGACGACCUUAAAAAAGAUCAAAUAUCCUUCAGUAUUCUCUCAGACGUUUGCCUGCCAGUUUCACUGCUGAUCCUCAUAGUAGUUUGGGGUUACCAAUUGAACGCCAUGACCAUAGACACCGAUAGCGGAGACAACCGUACUAUGUUACUCGUGUGUGGCAUUGGACUCAUCGUGGUCUCGGGCACGGCAUGCGUUUACAUCGCCAUACGAACCUCAGUUAUGCGACCGGAAGUGGAGGUGACCACUUUUCUCCAGGGAGAGAUGAGACCUUUACAUUCUGAACAAAAAAGAUCUCAGUGUUUUUACUAUCAAACUAUACCUGGCAUACACAGGACUGAUAAAAAAUCAACCGACAUUUUUAUUGUGUAAAACAUAUCAUUUUUUUUUUAUGCGUUCAUACUUAGUCAUUUUUAUUUAUAAUAUUUUAAUAGAAAGAAUAACAUAUUUUUUAGUAAGUAAGCUCAAUUAUAUUGUCUGUCUAACAUUUUUAUAUUUGUAUGUAAUAUUAUUUUAUCCCGAAAGUUCGUAAUACUUGUAA